GAUUCAAAUCGAUUGAAAACCUCAGGUUCAAUGACGUCAGUAUGGCCUUGGAUGCAUGGAUGGUGCAAGGAGGCUCAACCCAUCCCGUCCCACACACCAUCAAGAAAAACCCAAAAGCCAUCAUUUUCUUUCUUUGUUUGUCAACAAUUUUAAAACUAAAACAUGGCGUCUACUCCUCCUCCCCCGUUCGAUGAUCCAUCGCUAUCGGAUCCUCUGGAAUGUCCUCCGCUCCGUUGGGGUUUGAUUGGUUGUGGCAGAGUUUGCCAGGACUUUACACAAGCCCUCAAACAUCUGCCAUCCGCUCAAGUGGUGGCGUGUUCGGCACGAGAUGCCGCGAGAGCGGCCGAGUUUGCCCAGAAACACAAAAUUAAAAAGUCGUAUGGCAGCUACGAUGAGUUAUUGGCGGAUGAAGAGGUCCAAUGUGUCUAUGUUGGAAAUUUGCAUGUCUUUCGACGAGAGAUUGGAGAAAAAUGCCUUCAAGCAAACAAGCAUGUUCUCUUGGAAAAGCCUUUUGCCUGUAACCCAGAAGAUACCCAAUACUUGCUGGAUUUGGCCAAGGAGAAAAAUCUUUUCAUCAUGGAGGGCAUGUGGACGAGAUUUUUCCCUGCUGUGGAACAAGCGCGGCGUCUGGUCUUUGGUGAUGGAAAAGGAGAAGCUGGUGUGCUUGGGGAAGUUGUUUCGGUCAUUACAGAAUUCAACUUUAAUGCAUCCGAUUCAGACGAUUACCCUACUUCCUUCUUUUACAACCGAAAACUCGGUGGGGGUGCUACCUAUCUCGUGGCUCCCUAUCCCUUUGCGGCAGCAACCUUGUUUUUUGGUGGGGCCCAGCCAGAUACCAUCAAAGCGGUGGGGCAGGUGGAUGAAAAAACAGGAGUCGACUUGCAGGGUGCUCUCAUCAUGACAUUCCCACCAACUAGCACAAUGCCUCCGGCAUUGGAUCCAGAAAACAAGAAUGAGAAUACUGCCAAGCUACCAGGUGCUGGAACGGCCAUGUGCAGCUAUGGAUUCCUUGGAGAAAGUGAAGAACAAACAACGGUCAUUGGAACCAAAGGUCGCUUGGUGAUUGAAACUCCAGCCCACUGCCCGACCAAGGUGCGCUUGACGCUAAAGGCAGCCGGAAGAGGACAACAUGCGGGAGAAACUCUAUUUGAUUAUCCGCUGCCGGAAGAAACCGAAGAGAUCAAGUCCACCGGUGGAUUUGUGUAUCCCAAUAGUGCAGGCUUCAUGUACGAAGCCGCGGCUGUGGCCAGGUGCAUUGCUGCUGGCAAGAAGGAAGUACCACAAUUCACACAUGCCGAGACGUAUUCCAAUGCCAAGUUGAUUGAUGAAUCUCGAAAACAGCUGGGCGUCAAGCCAAUAGACCAAGAUUGAGCCAUACCUGAACUCAACAAAGACUUAUGACAUUGCUAACUAGCUAGCCAAGCAGGCAAAGAACUCUGAGCUAAUGUGAGUGUUUUACUUUUUC